UUAGCGCUAUCCCUGCGCUACUAAUCGGUCCAACUAUCGAGCGUGUAUUUCGUUGUAGUACAUGUGCGUUUUUGUAUGCGACUGGUGGCCGACGUUUUUCGUACACUAUAUAUGCGCCUGAUUGGGCCACGAUGCAGCACGACUCUUGAUUCACUGAUUUCUGUCUCGGCACAAUUCGUUUUCAAGACGGGAAGUGUUCUCACUUGGAAAGAGAGCUGGAGCGUACGCUACGACAAUUGACCAAUCAGAAUACGAGGGCACCAUCGGCGCCCGUUGAUCUCUUAGCCGAGUGGGUUUCUCGCCCAGCCUUUCUGCUCCGACGGCGACAAAGCGUGUGGGUUUGUGAUCGUCGCUUUUCGCCUGUCACAUAUGCGUUGCGUAUGACUUUAAUCGAACGUCGAACGGAAACAGGUCUUUUGAUUCACACAUCCAUGACCCUGUCUGCUUCGUUCUUUCGUGUAAGAGCAUUCUCAGUCUUAGUGGAAAAUCAUAUGGUGCCGUGCUAUGUCGAUUCUCAUUAACGUGCUCCUUAUUAUCUUGCUUUCUGGAACCUGCACAACAAUUGUCCGGAAUGCCGACGUGGUGGAGGCCCGUCACGGCACAGCGAGGAACGCCAAAUUUCGGGUAUUAGCAGAAAUGGAGCGUAACUUAGAGCAGCGACUCGCGCAGCUCGGCAGAGAAUCGCAGGACAGGGUGAUAACCGUGGACCCCUCCCAUGGAGAUUCGACUCAUACGACGCACGCAUUGUCAGGGCACAGCAGCAUCGCGGGACCAUAUUCGGACGCGGCCGAAGAGAUAGGAGAAUACUCGUCAAUGAUACAGGACGCUAACAUUGUUCCCGUACUAGUAGUGCCGCGACUAGAAGAAGGGGUAUCGGACUAUAUGGAUGCCAUGGUUGCGCGCACUGAGCAUCGACCUAUUCAAUUCCGACCUGUAAAGCCCGAGAUCAGUGAGAAACUGAACAAAUACCUCGGAAGAUCUCCGAUCCAAGCCGCUCCCCUUGGACGCGAGAAGCGACAGGACGAACUGGAGCCACUUCUACCGGAAAAAUCUACCGUAUGCGAAACCCAUUUCGACUGGGUGCUUUUAAACCGUACCUGGGAUAAGGACGGCCAGGAGGUGGAGAUUUUCCAUGGAAAAUACGCCCAAUACGUGCAUGUCUACUACUGUGCCAAUAAGGGUGGUACUUGUAGAGGAAUCAGUGAAGAAUUUACGAGUGAGUGUUUGGAAAAGGAGGCGUUUGCGAAACUUCUUGUGAAAAAGGAGCCUGGACCGGACGGCAUUAACUACCAGCUCGCUGUGGUACAGAUCCCUCAUCAUUGCUUCUGCCAACUCACCAAACGAUUAGACGUCUAACUAGACAAGGUCGCGCUUAAGGGGAGCCCGCUAGAUUUCCAAAACUCUCCUUCAACGCUACUAUCAUGGGCUUAGUUGAAUGCUCCAUUAUUUUGAACAGAACCAGACUUGAACUUAAACCUUUAAAAGCCCGGUUACUCUCGCUGCUAUCAUAGCAAUCCGUUUGAAAACUCAGAGGAACAUCUGAGUCUAACUGUUGAAACACUGUAUAUUAAAACUGAUAAUCUAUAACCGCUAGACAAAUGUGGCAAUAUCAAACAGCCGGUGACCGCUGCGUGCAUACAAGCGUUGCGAAAUCAUUAAUAUUCAAUGACUAAUUGACUGAUUGACGAUCGUGGCAGUACUCUAUAAUAAAUAUAUACAUAAUAAAUAUAGUACUAGCAGUAGUAAUAUAUCCCGACAUCCAAUGUCCUUUCAUUGUUCAGGGUCGAAUUAAUGAAUAUAGUCGUACUGAAUGCUGGGAACCUGUUCUCGUUUAACCUUUGUGCAACGUUUCAUUAACCCGAAUACAGGUGCUCCUGAUCCAGACAAUCUGACGCAUCCAAGUAUUGUAUCAUUCUCUAUAUAUUCUGAACAUAUAAUUCAUAGCAGACCUGUGGUUUGAAGUCUGGGAGAAAGAGAAACUACCGAGGGCAUGCGUAACACAAUAAAGCCAGUGAUAACAGCCGGCAGAAGUUGAAUAUAUAUAUAUAUAUAUAUAUAUAUAUAUAUAUAUAUAUAUAUAUAUAUGAAAUUGAGUAUAUACUAUGUGUAAAAUAUGACUUGAUCUUCGUACUUAGUAGUCUUUGCAAAGACAACGCAGUGUCAGAUGGGGUACUGUAGUUAAACUCCAUGACAAUUGUUGUGAUGUGUCGAACUUUAUAUUUGUCAAGACGUAUGUACACAGUGUCUUAAACAGCAUAAAACUAUCGUUGUCUUUUGAUCUCAUACGAGCCCAGUUUAACGAACGAAACUCGUAGGCUCGUAGCUGCGAUGUGAGCCUUCAAUACGAACAAAACGAGACAGACUAAUGCGCUGUGGGUCACUAAGGACAGCUAAGUUAGAUAAACAGAUAGAAAAACAAACAGACAAGUUUUAUCUUUUUUUUUUUUUUUCUCUAGUUUUUAAGGAUCUGUCCUGGUGAUCAAAUGGUGAGUUAACCCCCCGAAGGCAACGGAGCAAUUGCACACAGUUUUCGUAAAUGCUCGCGCCUAAUCCUAAAGAAACAUUAUUGUUUUUCGUGUGACAUUACACUGUAUCAGAACAAUUUCAGAGCUAAGCUUAAUCUUGUUUUUAAACGAUAAGCAAUUUUAAACAAUAACGAAUUAUAUCGUCACAAUAAAGUGUGUGGGCAUA